AUGGAGGCUCCUCCUCUCACCUCCUUCAAACUCAACUUUGACGGUUCGGUCAAAAACAAUUCAGCAGCAGCAGGAGUCAUCAUUAGAGACAGUGACGGCACACCCAUUACAACACAAGCUUUCAACCUUGGAACCACCAAUGCCAUUGUAGCUGAAGCUUUUGGUCUCCACAAGGGAAUCAUCCUCGCCCUCCAACAAGGAAUACAAAAUCUUCAAAUUGAAGGGGACAACCUCCUAGUUGUCAACGCAGUGAACGAGAAGCAAAUAGAGCAGCAGAUUGGAUUGCAAAUAUUGGACAUCUUGUCACCGACAAAUUGGAUAUUUCUUUUUGUACCUCCUCAACUUUGUACCCCAUUCUCACCCCAGAUGCUUUAG